GCUUGGCUCCGGUUCAGACUUCUCACUUUAGUUGGUGUAUUGUAGUGCUGAGAGGAGCUCGCGAGAUCACUGUUGAUCACUGUUGAUCAUUUCAGAGCCAUUCGCGCUAUGGUUCGACCGAGUGUCCGUGCCGCAGCGGUUUGAUUCGUACGGUUCUCGCAAAAAAGACCUGCGUCUUGUCUCUGAACAAUAAUAAUAAUAGGAAUAGGAAUAACUUCACCACUCAACUCGGCCAGAAUAUAGUUGCCGGAUUUUUUUUUUUAAUUAAUCCAUCGAAUUGUUUUGUUUAUUUUAAAAAAUAUUAAAUUUGUGUCUUGUCGUGCAAAACUGUGGUGCGAAAACCGCCCUAGUCCGGUCGAACGACCAACCGAACGACUUCAGUCGCAGAUUGGGUGUUGUUGUUUUGGUGGUGGUGUUUGAGAAUGAACGAGCACCACCGGAAGUCCACGAUGCGUGUCCGGUACACGGCACUGGGUUCCGGACACGGCGGCCCUCCGCCUCUGUGAGCAGGAUACACACCGGACACCAGACGGCACUCUUGCUGUUGUUGUUGUUGUUCUUCUUCUUGUCUCGUGUGUCAUCAGAAAAUAAUAAUAAAAAAAAAAACGAAAUAGAUAUAUAUAAUUCACACGCCUGUCUAGUUUUGCCUAAGCAACGUCACCUCCUCCGACCGGUAACCACGAAUGCUCUUAAUAAAAAUGUACCAAAACUCGUGUCCAUCGCCUACAACAACGACGACAACGACAAAAAACAUGUUGGCCGAAUGUUGCGACGUGAUGGUGGCGCACAGCCCGCCGUUGUUCUCGACAUCCCACACCCCUCCGCCGGAACUGUCGGUGCUCUACCAGAACCUGAGGCUGGUCAUGACACAGCAGCAGUCUCCGUUAUCCGUGCGCCGAUACAGCAACGCCCGUCCGUCUUGUUCAUCCAUCGGCGACGACAGACAAAGCACCACCACCACCACACCCCAGAUAAAGCCAAGACGACCGUGCUUGGUCACCAGAAUAGACUCGGACGGAAGCUUGGGGUCUUCGUCUUCGGGCUCGUCGUCGGACGAGAACGAACCGCCUAGCCCGACAAGAAGGAAAAAGAAAGUCGUCUUUGCCGACGACCGAGGCCUGUCCCUGACCCAAGUGCGAUUGAUGAGCGAACCCUCGAACCAACCUCCAAAAUCGAUGAGCAUCGCACCGUACCUGAACCAUCACUUGAACGUGUCGCAGUCGGCGGCGACCGCGUCCAAACAGUCGACCGAACAGUGGCAGCUCCGUUUCCCGCAACCGGCUUCUAGUUACCUGGACUUCAGAAAACGGCUGGACGACAGCGGCGUGUCGCUGGAGAACGUGAUCGUCAAGUCGCAAGACAGCCGGAUAGUGGGCACCGUCAAGGUGCGGAACCUGUCGUACGACAAAGAAGUGUUCGUCCGGUGCACGCACGACAAGUGGACCACGUUCGCAGACACCCUGUGCUCGUACGUGCAGAACAACAGCAUGAUGACGUCCAACGGUGCCAGCGGCCCGGUGCAAAACGUCACUGCCAUUUACGACACGUUCUCGUUCCGAUUGCCGCUGCCCGGCGACGCUGCGGCCAUGGAGUUCGCUGUGUGCUACAAGGCCGGCGAAUUCGAGCAUUGGGACAACAACGACGGCGCCAACUACUGUCUGUCGGUCAACAACCAGUCCGCCCAGAGCCAGGCGGUCGCCGCGACGCCUUCCCCGCCGCCCAGUCUGACCGAGUUCGACCAGAAGCCCGUGCUAUUUUUCGGCGCCCAGCCCAAGCAGAACUCGUGCAGCAGUGUAUGGCGGGAUAAAAAAAAUGACACUUACACGUAUUGGUGAGAUCACCGCCCGACGUAAUGGCUAAAAUAUGGCGUGAGAUACACUGAGAGAAGCCGCAACAAAACGACGCCUGAUAUUGCGCAGGGAGAUUGUCGGUUGCCUUUUUUAUCGUUAACUACCAUAUAUAUAUUUUAGUCGACGUGCAUGACCGCGUGUGAAUGCCAUGCAGCAAAUAACACCGUUUUUUUUAGUUAAUCUCUGAAAAACCAAAAAGCCCCCCCCCCCCAAUCGCAAUCGCAUCAAGUAUACGUUGAAUCUUUGAAUUUUUAUAGGUGUUUUUAAAUCAUUUUAUUAGUUUUUAUUUGUUUUUGAGAAAAUCGUCGUUUUUACCGUCAACAUAAUAUAUUAUAUUAAGUACAUUUUUUUUUUAUAGAAUAUAAUUAUUUCAUUACACUGACAAACUAUUUUUUUUAAAUUAUUUUUUUUAUAUAUAUAAUAAAAAAAUAGUAGUAAUAUAUAUAUUCGGGGAAACCAAACUUAUACCACCUACGCCGCUUUCGGAUUUGGGAUAGAAUAUAAAAAUAAUGUUUAAAAAAAACUAUUGUUUUAUCACAAAUACCGUGUAAAAAUUAUUAUUAAAUUCGUAAAAUCAAUUUAUUUUAUUUAUAUAUACAUGUACACGUCUUAUGAGUUCUACACUAUGUUGAAUUAUACCUUUAUUUUUAUUUUUUCACCAAACCAAAAGUGAUAAUGCGCAAAUCAAAGACUACAUAGAUGGCCAUCUCACAAGACUGAUCUGUUGUGUGUACAUAAACAUACAAACUGAUACAUCGAGUAUGCGUCCGGUUAGAUUUUUUUUAUAAUUAUAGUUAGUUUGCCAUUGUAAUUUGUGUUUUUUUUAAUCGCUUUUAUUGUUGUUGUUAUUAUUAAAAAAAAAAUUAAAGUCCAUCCGGCGAAAUCAACACUUUUUUUUUUACUCCUCCCGUAGCCUUUUCUUGAGCAACUGUAAUAACAUAAGAUAAUUUUGAGAUGGCCGUAUACAAAAUUUCAAUUAUAUAAUUUAAUUGGUAAUGAACGAGUUUGCUUUUUUAUUUUUCGUCUUAAUAAAUUGUAACUAAUGGACGUUUUUUUUUGUAUGCUUUUACAUAGCGUUUUUUUUUUUAAAAAAAAAUUGUAUAAAAUAAUUUUCGUCGUGUUCUUUUGAUAGAUACAUCGUUACGGUAGAAGUAAAAAAAAAAUCAAAACAAAUUCUCUUUUACAAAAGUAAAUUCGGUACGCUAUAACGGAAACAUAUGAUAAAGCAGCAAUACAAAAAUAAAAUACAAUCUUCUAUGCCAAAGAAACGCAAAUAGAUCAAUUUUUUGUUGUUAACAUUUUUUUUAAGUUAUUUCAAAAAACUAUGUUGUGCCUCGUUAUUUUUUUUUGAAUUUUUUUCUAACGUUUAAUUUGUAAAAAAAAAAAAAAUUAAAUAAAACCGUAAAUUUUCUAGUCAUUUUUUUUUUUAACGCAUUGCUGCUUUAUGUAUAUAAAUAAAAAAAUAAUUAUAAUUGUAAUGUUAUUAUCGUUUUACCGAAAUGUGCCAAACCAAUUUUUUGGAAAUUAUUAUUUUUUUUUGUUUAAUAAAGUUAUAAAUUAUGUAAUUAAUAUUAAUUGGCAAUAAUUAAAUUAAUCGAGCACGUGGUAGUGUUGAUAAUAAUAAUCAUGACCGAAUUGGCAAAAAACUACAUCCGUCGUUCUUGAAUUGUACAGAAAUAUUAUGUUGUCGGAAAAUAAAAUGAAAAAAAUCACUGUGUAAUGUCGUACACGUUAUAAUAUUAUUAUAAAUAUAUAUAUUUUAUAUCUACAUUUGUAUGUCAAUGCACGCAUUAUAUAUAUACAAAUAUUACACUAUUAUUAUGCUUAACUAUUAUUUUAUUUUUAUUUUUUUACUAUUAUCAUUCUAUAUAAACGAUAUUGUAGUUAAUAUUAUUAAAUGUAUAGACAUUUUUAUUAUGUGAGUCAAAAAAAAUCUAAUCGAAUUUGUGUAGAUAUAUUAUUUUACUUAUUUAUAAUUUUUAUCUAAAACUUAUUAUAAUUAUUGAUGAUUUAUU